AUGGAGCACCUGCAGGAGGCUCUGCUGGAAAAAGAGAAGGAGCUCCAGGACGAACGGCAGCAGAACCAGGAGACAAUCUCAGUCCUGGAAUUGCAGCUCAGAGAGCGCAAGGAGGCCCAAGAAGCGGCUGAGAACACCAUCAAGUCUGAUGAACAACAGGACUUUGAGGUUUCCUUUGACAACAUGAAAACGUUGUCCGUCAGUUGGGGAGACUACAUGGAUGAAUCGGAUGAAAUGCGAGAGCAGCUGGAACUGAAAGACAGAGAGAUCUUGAAUCUCAAAAAGGAGAUCCAGAGUCUCUCUGCUGCUCUCAAAGCCACCCAGAACCUGCAGAGAGACGGAGACAAAUCUGUGGAGGACAGCAAAGAGCUGCAAGAGCAGAAAAAGGCCCUCGAUGAGGAAAGAGAAGAGGUUCAGAAAGCCAAGAAAGAGCUCAAGCAGAAGAGCAAAGAUCUGCACGAAGAAAAGGUCUUUCUGGAAAAACAGAAAAAAGAAGUCCUAGUAAAUCAGAUAGCUGUUGAGCAGAAAGACAAAGGGCUUCAAGAAGGAAAGAUAUGUUUGGACAAGCAGAAAAAAGAAGUCCAGUCAAGUAAGAGAGAACUCGAGCAGCAGAGAAAAGAUCUGCAAAAAGAGAAGAGUUCACUUCUUGAGCUGAGAAAAGUAUUGGAGAGAAACUUGAAACAGCUGGAGAAGAAGAACUACGAGAUGCAACACGUCGAGGAGGAGCUGGAGCAGGACAGAAAACAGCUGCAGAAAGAACUUGAAAAGAUUCGAAAAGUUCUAGAAGCUCAGAAUGUUGAAGUCAACAAAGAAAAGACAGAAGUGGAGAAACAGAGGAAGAUUCUGGACGAGAAACAGAAAGAACUGGACGAGGUGAAAGAGAAAAUGAAGGAGUUUCAUCUGAAGGUGAAAGAGGAGAAGAAAAACAUGAAAAAAGACAUGAAGACCAAACUAGAGAUGAACCACAUCCUGGAGCAAAAAAAUCUAGAAAUCCAGGGACAGAUUGAUGAACUGGAGACAGAAAAGAAAAAAAUAGAAGAAGAAAAUCAAAGACUCCGGGACGAGAAAAAAGAACUGGAGCAAGAAAAGACAGAAAUGGAGGUGAAGCAUGAGAAGCUGCAGAACGAGAACCAAGAACUGAAGAAGCAGAAAACAGAAACAGACGACAGAAACAAAGAGCUGCAAGAAGCCAAGAUGAAGCUGCAGCAAGAGAUUCAAGACCUGGAGGCAAAGCAGCAAGAAAAGGAGCAAAACAAGAGGAAAAAGAAGAAG